GUUUUUUGUUGGAAGGAAAAUUGCAGAGACGAGUGUCAAAGCUUCAAAUUGGAGUUCCAUUGUUUUAUCUGUCUUAACCAGGUAAAGUUGAUCAAAUUAUUAAAUGGCAGACGAAAACAACACAGAGACUGUUAAGAUAGACAUUCAUGGUAAAAUAAGAUGUACAGUCCAAGAUGGAGAGAGGGAAUGCCUUUUGGAUGUGAACAGCGAAGCCGAAUCUUGGAUUGAUCAAGUUAAAAGCAUGCAUGUAUCCAAAAAGUACUUAGACCGAAAAACAUCUGAUGGUGUGUCUAUAUAUCGGGUGCCUCCAUGUAUAAAGAAUACCAAACACGAAUCUUAUGAUCCUGUGGUUGCGCUUCUUGGACCUUAUCAUCACAGAAAACACCAGCAGCUGACCGUAAUGGACGAAUAUAAGCUUCAAGCAGUAGAUAGAACCUUAGAAAGGAUACCUCGUAUGACCGUAGAACAGUUAGUUAUGAAGGUUGAAGAGUUAGAGAUGAAGAUCAGAUCUUGCUAUGAAGACUGGGCCACUGAAUGGGAUAGAGAGACGCUGGCCUGGAUGAUGGUGAUGGAUGGAUGCUUUAUUCUCGAAUUCCUUCGAAUGGAAUUACCCAAUUCUAGCCUUGUUUUCUGCUCCCAGAGAAGUGAUAACAUUAAAAGACGAGAAAUUGUAUUGGACAUUUUGAAGCUAGAAAAUCAGAUUCCUUUCUUCAUUCUUCAAAUGAUCGUAGACUUGGAGAUUAGAGACCCUGGAGCCGUGCCAGCCUUUUUAGCCAAACGGUUAGACAGUCUCAUCGGUGGGUUUUUUCAAGGCUACCCAUUUUCACUCGAAGAAAAUAGACAUGAAAAAACGGUAUGUAAUGGUGUCAACGAAAAUGAAAACGUAAUUGCGAAACUUAUUAAUGGAGGUGUAAGCCAUCUAUUGGAUUUGUCGCGGAGGGUGAUUGAAAAUUUGUUAUCAAAUUCGGCUUCUGGUUGCGAAUCUGAUAUUCCCCCAAAAAGUUGUUCUUGCAAUGUUCAAUGCGGUGUUUCUACUUGCAUUGCCACUCCAAAUGGCGUUGCUUGUUUUAGAGGGGCUCCUACAUUUGGCUGCCUUCGUCGUUCUUCUAGAGUAGAUGGAAGCAUGAUACCUUCAGCAGAAAAGUUGCAAAGAGCUGGAAUUAAAUUGAAGCUAAGCACUGAAGGAAAAUUCGAUUUUAAACGCAAUUGUUUCCGACGCGGAACACUUUAUCUUCCUCAAAUCAUUGUCGACGAUGACACAGAAAUAUUUUUGAGAAACCUUGUGGCUUUUGAAGAGUGUCAAAGGAAGGAAAACUCUGCAAUUAAGCGAGUAAUUUCGCGCAACAUGUAUAUAAUGGAUAACUUAAUCGACUCCAAGGAGGACGUUGGGCUAUUUCGCAGAGCAAAUAUUGUGAAGAAUUAUCUGGGGACUGAGGAGGAAGUAGCUCGAAUAUUCAAUGAUUUGUGCGUCGGAAUCACUUACAAAGGUGAUUUCGAGAAUAUUUUGAGAAAUGUUAACGAACAUUAUAACAGCCAACUGACAGUGUGGAUUAGCGAUUUCAGGAAAGAGCAUUGUUCAAGGCCAUGGUAUGUUAUCUCUUUAGUGGCAGCCGUAAUACUUUUAGUACUCACCCUUCUCCAAACCAUCUAUACAAUGAGAAGUUAAAUUUCCAUCCAGAUUAUUUUAGA